AUGACGAAUAUAUUACGAGCAUUUGGUUCCGAUAAUUAUGCUGGAGUUUUACCUGAAAUCAUGUCGGCAUUAGCAAAAGAAGGUUUAUCGAAAACACAUGCACGUGCUUAUGGGUCUGAUGAUGUUUCACAUGAAGCACGUCUUUUAAUAAAACAAAAAUUUAAUUCUUCUUCAAAUGAUUCAUCACCUGGUGUUUAUUUUGUUUUUAAUGGAACUGGUGCUAAUAUAUUAUCUAUACUUGCUUGUACACGUUCAUAUAAUGCUGUUAUUUGUUCGGAUGUUUCUCAUAUAUAUUGUGACGAAUCAUCUUCACCAGAAACAGUCACUGGUGUACGAUUAAUAGCAAUACCAGCUACUGAAAAUGGUAAAAUAGAUAUUAAUCAAAUUGAAGAAAAACUAGAUAGACUUGGUGAUAUGCAUGGUGCUCAACCAAAAAUGUUAUCAAUUGCACAACCAACCGAAUACGGAACAGUUUAUACAAUCGAUGAAUUAAAACAAUUAUCUGUAUUAGCAAAAAAAUAUAAAUUAUAUUUUCAUAUGGAUGGUGCACGAUUAUUCAAUGCUGUUUCAGCAUUGAACUGCAGUCUAUCUGAUAUAACAACAUCUGUUGGCGUUGAUAUUCUAUCAUUAGGUGGCACAAAAGCUGGUUUAAUGUAUGGUGAAGCUGUUGUUGUUUUUAAUGAAUCAUUACUUGAAAAUGAUAUUGAUGGAGAUAAUCCAUUAAAAUAUUGUCAUAAACAAGUCAUGCAAUUAGCAUCUAAACAACGUUUUAUAGCUGUUCAGUUUUUAACUUUACUUCAAAAUGAUUUAUGGAAAAAAUCUAGUGAACAUUCAAAUUCCAUGGCACAAUUAUUUAAAAAACGUCUUGAAUCAAUUCCAAAGAAAAAUGAUAAACAAUUAAUACGUAUAACAAAACCGGUUGAAACAAACGCUAUCUUUGUUGAGAUACCUCAAGAUUGGUAUGAACCAUUAUCUACAGCAUUUCCUUUUUAUAUAUGGAGAAAAAAAUCUUUUGAAGUAAGAUUAAUGUGUUCAUUUGAUACAACAGAAGAUGAUAUCGAACAGUUUAUGAAUAUAAUUAAUGAACUUAUUCAAAAAUAA